AUGAAGAAAGCAGGAAUUCAUGAAAAAGUAGAAAAAAAUCGACUAAAAAAUGUGAAAGAAAUAGAUGAUUCUUCUAUACAAAUGAUAACUUCAAAAAAUAAGCGAAAUAUGUAUUGUACUAGUGACUCAAAAGUAUCAGCAAUGCUUCCAUUAAAAUCUUGCUCAGAAUUUCAGAAAAUCAAUUCAAAUCUAAAUAUUAAAUCAAAUCAUUCUGAACAAUAUCUUAAAGAAAAUCUAUUAUAUGAAGUUGAGCCUAAAUCAAAUGAUUUAGUAAAAAAAAACAAUUUUUUCCAUCAUAGCGGGUUUCAACUACAAAAAAAUCCUCAGAAACAUUUUUUUACAGAAACAAAUACUUUAUCACAAUUCCAAGAAACUGAUAUUUUAUCAGGAAAGCAACAAUUUCCAAAAUUUUUUCAUGCAAAUGAUGGAUUUAUGUCACAAGAUAAUCAUUUUUUACAAGAUACAAACUUACCAAUUUCUUUAAAAUCACCUCGUCUAAUAUCAAAAAAUAACUCUGUUCAAUCAUUAACUAUUUCAGAAAACAAAACACCACUAAGUUCUCCCUAUACUUCUCCCAAGAAAAAGCAUGUCGAGAAUUUAGAGAAUUUUUCAAAUAUUGCAUAUAUAAACGAUAUGAUGUCUUUAAAUGUACUACAAAAAUCACCAAAAUGUACUCUAUAUAAACAAAAUUCUCCAAAAUUCACACCAAAAACAUUAAAAACAGAAUCAAGACUUGUAUUAACAGAAGUAUCAGAUAACACAAAAUUUGCUCGUACAAAUAGAAAAAUUCUUGAUCUGGAAAUAUCGAAUACAUCAUUACUUGCUCUAAAUGAUAAUUUAGAAAAACAAACCCGCCGUCAAAUGUCUGAAAUUAAAGAAUUACGGAAAAAAAUUAUAACCGAAAACCUAUAUAUUACAAACUCAACAUCAAAUUCUGCAUUGAGUUCUGACGAAAGCGAGUCAGAUUCUAAACUAUCCCAAACUUCAGAUUCUUCUAUAACUGAUCAUCAGAGAAUUAUAGAUAAUUCAUUAUCUUUUAUGAAAUCUUUAAGAAGGGUUCUUAGACUUACAAAGAAUUUAAUAAAAGAAGGUCAUCAAGCACUAAGAAGCCCCAAAAAUGAUAUUCCUAUAUAUUUAAAAGUUUUAAAUAAAAAUACAGAUUUACAAGAAAUAAAUUACAAAAAUGAAACAAAUUUCGAAAAUUCAUAA